AUGGUGGCCACGUGGACGCUCACGCUGGUGGUGGAUGUGCUGACGUUUGGUGAGUACCUGGCCAUGCCUAUUGUCAGAUUGCUGCAGAGCAAACCCGAUUCUGAAAACAUUCCCAAAAAGUCGAGCUCGAAAUCGGGUCUGGCGCACUCGCUCACGUUGCCCAACAGAUUUGUGGAGGGUAGACAUACCGUUUCGUACCAAAAACGAAGCCGUAGUAUGCACAGCGCUGCGCUGAGAUCGAGUGUGACACAGUUUGGCAACUUUGGGCUUAGGGACCGAAAUAGGACAUCCAAGCGCACAACCAGUGGCACAGACCGUUACAGCGUCGAAGACUGCUUGCCUCAG